AUGGCGACAAAAAAGACAACAACUCCUUUUGUCAGGACACCCGCCCAACAAGAAGCCGACCGCCUCAAGCGCCUCGAACGCACCCAAAAGCGUCAACAGGAAUCGUCCACUUCUUCAUCAGCACCUACCACCACCUCCUCAGCAUCAGGAGGAGGACAUGACUUUCUGGACGGCUUCGAACAAAGCAUCGGACUCUUUGGCGAUUCUCAAGUCGCCAAUGGCGAGGCAGGACAGAUCUUUGAUUACCGACAGGGGGUCCUACAGCUACAUCUCGCCAAUGUCGCGGGAGGGGUGGUCAAGUUCAUGUCGCACUAUGUCUGGAAUGCGGCGUUGGUAAUGGCCGAGUAUGUUGAGGCUGGGGAUCUUGUUGAUGUUCGUGGCAAGCGAGUGAUUGAGUUUGGAGCAGGAGCAGCAUUGCCAGGACUCCUUUGCGUAAAGCGCGGCGCCAAGUUUGCAACACUCACCGACUACCCGGACCCAGCUAUCGUCCAAAACCUGGAACGCAAUUGGUUUGAGAACCUUGUCGAGUCUGAUCAGGACAAGAGCGCCAGGCGGAUAGCAGGAACCCCCUCGUUCGAUACAGAGACGUACAAGGAGAUUGUCACGCCGGCACCGUUUGUCAAGGGAUCAAGGCGAGACCAGGAGGAGCAACACGUGAGAUGUGCAGUCCGUGGACAUGCCUGGGGAGAAAGUGUCCAGGAUAUGCUGGACUGUCUAUCAUCUUCGACAGAGUCAUCGGAAACAGGGACUGGAGAAGUCACUGACAGCAAUGAGAAGAGGUACGACUGGAUUCUACUAGCAGAUACGCUCUGGGUGUCAGACGGACACGCCGAUCUACUCAAGUCCUGCCUUGCGGUGCUGAGAGAAGACGGACAGGGCAAGAUCCUCGUCUGUUGUGGACUCCAUACAGGGUACAACACUGUUCAACGAUUCUUGGCUCUAGCGACUUCUCCGUUGUUUGGACUCCAGUCGAGGCUGGUUGAGAUCCGGAGGGUGCCUCUCUGGGGCGAGACUAGGAGUCCUGAUGAGUUGCGGAAGGAGAGUGAGUUGUUGGAGGAAGAGGAUCUAGAGCAGUUUUCGGUCGAGGAUCGGAAUCGUACCGUCCUUGUCUACGAGCUCUGGCGUUGA